GCUUGCUGUCAUGACCGUGAACAUUUGACCUUGAACAGCCGUUUGGGGACAGGUGAGCUGACGAAUGCAUGGGCGAGCAGAACAUGCACUGAAGACAUUCCAGGUCCCAGCAGCACCAUCAGGCCCAUUUCCCUUACUAGGCCCAUUUCCUCUCAGAGUUCGCGCCCGGAGGUUCGAAUCAGUCCAGCACAUAUUUCACACCAUGGACUGGGAAGUACUGCGUAUUUCUUAGACGCGUAUUUCUGUUAGAACGUGUAAGUAGGAGUUUGUGAGUGACUUGCAGGAUCUGUGCUGGUACAGUGCCCACUCUCUUUGCACGCUGACUUGCCUCGUUACCAAACCUCCUGGCAGAAACAGGAACAACUAGACAGACCACAUCUUUAUCGUUACAAUCCCGAAGUCCAACACCACGCCUGCAGCUGUGGGCAGAACCAUGAAGUCACUCCCUCUCUCUCGGUCAUGCAGUUUCCGAGAAACAAAACCAAACUCUGUGUCUGUCAUUGUUAGCAGUAAAAUGGCUGAAGGUGGUGGUUUACUGGGUCAGGACCAGUUGAGCUGUGCGAUCUGUCUGGAUCCACUGAAGGAUCCAGUGACUAUUCCCUGUGGACACAGUUACUGCAUGGGCUGCAUUAAGGACUGGUGGGAUCAGGAUGGUCAUACUGGUGGCUGCAGCUGUCCGCAGUGCACAGAGACUUUCACCCCAAGGCCUGUUUUAAGAAAAAACACAAUGCUGGCUGAAGUGGUGGAGAAACUGAAGAAGAUAGGAUUCCAAGCUGUUCCUCCUGCUCACUGUUACACUGAACCUGAAGAUGUGGCAUGUGAUUCCUGCACUGGGAGAAAGUGCAAAGCCAUCAAAUCUUGUCUGGUGUGUCUGACCUCUUACUGUGAAACUCACCUCCUGCCUCACUAUGAAUCUCCUGCCUUUGAGAAGCACAAACUGAUAAAUGUCACUGGAAACCUGCAGGAGAAGAUCUGCUCUCAUCAUGGCAAACUGCUGGAAUUUUUCUGUCGUACCGAUGAGCAGUUUAUCUGUCAUCUGUGUGUGAUGGAUCAACACAAGGGCCAUAGAAAAACCACUACUGAAGCAGAAAGAAAUAAGAAACAGAAGCAGCUGGGGGCGACCCAGAGCGAAUUCCAGCAGAGCAUACAGGAGAGAGAGAAGGAGCUGCAGGAUCUGAGACAGGCUGUGCAGUCACUCAAGCGCUCUGCACAGGCAGCAGUGGAGGACAGCGAGAGGAUCUUUACUGAGUUGAUCCACUCCAUUGAGAGAAGGUGCUCCGAGGUGAAAGAGCUGAUCAGAGAUCAUGAGAGGGCUGAAGUGAGUCGAGCUGAAGGACUCCUGGAGCGACUGGAGCAGGAGAUUGCUGAGCUGAGGAAGAGAGACGCUGAGCUGGAGCAUCUUUCACACACAGAGGAUCACAUCCACUUCCUCCAGAACUUUAAGUCUCUCUGUGUCCCUGCUGGACCUAGAGACUUACCCAGCUUCACUGUUAGUCCACACAUCUCUUUUGAAGCUGUGAGUAAAUCUGUCUCUGAACUGAAAGAGCGACUGGAGGACAUCUGCAAAGUGGAAUUGUUAUUUUUGUCCCUUUCUGUCUCUGCAGUGAAAAAAGUCCAUACUCUAGAGCCAAUGACCAGAGAGGAUUUCUUACAGUAUUCCUGUCAACUCACUCUGGAACCCAACACAGUGAAUCAGCGCCUCCGUCUGUCCGAGGGGAACAGAAUGGUGACCCACGUGAGAGAGAUCCAGUAUUAUCCUGAUGAUCCUGAUAGAUUUGACUGUUUCCAAGUGCUGUGCAGAGAGGGUCUUUCUGGACGCUGUUACUGGGAGGCUGAGUGGCAUGGGGAUGAAGGGGUUUAUAUAGCAGUCUCAUAUAAAGAGAUCAGCAGGAAAGGUGAGGGUGAUGGCUGUUUAAUGGGACAUAAUGACAAGUCCUGGAGUUUGGACUGCUCUUCUUCCAGUUACUCUUUUUGUCACAACAACACAAUCACUAAAAUCCCUGUUCCCCCUUCCUCCAGAAUAGGAGUGUACCUGGAUCACAGGGCAGGAAGUCUGUCCUUCUACGGUGUCUCUGACACAAUGACCCUGCUGCACAGAGUCCAGACCACAUUCACUCAGCCCCUCUAUCCUGGGUUUUGGGUUGGGCCAGUGGGAUGUUCUGUAAAACUUUGUAAUCUGUAAUGAGAGAGAGAGGGAAGAUGAGCUGUAUUCAAAGUGAUUUAUGAAAUGUAUUCAAGCUCUUAAACAUGUGAUCAAGUAAAUCUGUAACCUGCAAAACAGACAAUAUAGCAAGCUAUAAAUACUGGCAUAAAACAAUACAAAACCUUGGGGACUCAGUGAAAUCCUCUUCACUUCAAGAGCAAUCAGAGUGAACACAGAGCUCUAAUCAAUUAUUAUGAAUGAACGAAUGAAUGAAUGAAUGAAUGAAUAAAUAAAUGAAUGAAUGAAUGAAUGAAUGAAUGAUGAAUGAAUUCAUUCAUUCAUUCAUUCACUCACCAAUUAUUAUAGUUACACUAUCAUAGUUCAGGUAUUUUCAUUUAUCAAACUUAGGGUUUUUAAUCCAUGUUACUACUCGCUAUACAGUGAGUAGUAACAGAACAGCUUAUAUCAUAAACACAAAAAUCAUAUCAUAUAUUUCUUUCAGGGAAAUAGGGUCAUGUAAUAAUCUUUGUUAUUGGCAGAGGUUCACUCAAAUGAAUUCACUCAAGUGAAGUGCUGAAAACAGUGUGAGUGGUAAAAUAGCAGAGGCCAGUGUUUCACACAUAUUCUGAGAAAAUGAACUCUGAACUAAAAUUAUUCUCUGUCACUUUGAGCAGUGAAAUGGCACAAGAGGGGGUUGAAUGAGGUGUGCUUUGUUUGGGUUCACGUGAAAACUUAAAACUUACAACGGUAAAUCUCCAGGAACAGAGUUGGUAAUCACUGACAUACAAAUAUAUAAAUGUGGGAUCUUAUACUUAACUAGGCUACUUUGUCAUGGUUUUUCCGCAUAAGCCACUAUUUUAGAUACAAUUUGUAUAAGCCCGUAUAAAGGUCUCCGGAAUGCAACUCGUCUGGACGUUGCUAUAGUUAAUGAGAACCGUGAAAAAAACAUUUUGGUAGGCUAUAUAUUUCCAUUCCUUAUUACUGCAGUUUAGGAAUGUGUUCAACGUUGCACACAGGACCCAACUUGAACUGGGCCCGUUUCUAGCUUCCUACUGGAUUUAAUCGGUAUGGCUCGUCUAUUGGCUCGCUGAAUCUUUGUAGUCAGACCGGAAAUGGGAAAGGCGGAGAAAUGGUUCUGUUCCUUUGGCGUGUUGCUAACUAGUAACAGUGUGUCGUAUGCACAAGAAAGCGGCAUCAUCUGGAGAAGGAAUUCGGUCAGCCCCAGUACCACUAGCGCUUUUAAAAUGCUUUUCGCUUUGCUCUCAUUCAUACCCUUCCUGUUUAGUUUCGCUGAAACCAAGCAAAAAGAUUUUUAUACUUUUAAAGUUGUAAACAGUAGAGGGAGAUUAAUAUCCUUGGAAAAAUACAGGGGUUCGGUAAGUUUGUAACUUUUCUAAUGGGCGACAACUACAAACUUAAGAGAGCUGGUCAUAUAGCCCCAGCCUACAGUAUACUGGGCAUCCAACAUCUGUGCACGGGUGUUGCAUGUUCCUCUUGUCAGUUAAAAUGUUGCAUUUAUUUUAACAACCAUGCAUGUCCAGUAUUAUAUGUGCUAUUUUAUUAACGUCAAUUUCUCUCUCAGUUUAAUAAAAUACUAAUGAUACCU